AUGUCAGCGAAGGUUGAUACAAAUUGUUUUGAUGAGUUUAAUGAGGCUAACGUUCAGCCGCUUCCUGAGGUCCAAAAAAAAUCAAAUGGACCUUGGCGUGGAUGUGGUCCUACCUAUGAAGGCGAGGUAACCCCUUGCUUUGAUGGAGGUCAUUUAUUUCGCGUUAUUAACCAGGAAGAAAAGAAGUGGGCUCUCUAUAAUGACACCACUACAUUUGAAAUGAAUGUUACCUUUACCUUUGGAAAGGAUUCUAAAUUAACUGCACUUGAUAACACCAAAAUUAAACCCAAUCAAGAUGGAGAGUUUGUGGCCACCACGGUGGUUUGUCCACUUGAAACAACCAUGUUUGUAUCUGGAACAUGGAAUGGCUAUAAGAGUCGUUUUGAAGGUAAACCUCUUUCAAGAGAAUACUUGGAAAAAGUUUCAUCAGCUAAUGUGGAAUCUGUUAAAAAGGCUAUAAAUGAAGUUUCACAAGUAUGUGCAUCUCAGGACCCAGAAGAAGUGUUGAAAGAGUGUAUUGCACGUAAUGUUCCUUUUGUUGAUCCUUCAUUUCCACCUACAGACAAAUCUCUGGAUGCUGGCAAAGGAGUUAUGAUAUCAUUACCAUGGCUUAGACCAUCAGAAUACCUUCCAAAAGAGCUUGUGGAUUAUGUGGCAUUAUUUCGAAAUCCUAUUACCCCAUCAUCAUUGGAACAAGGAGAAUUAAGUGAUUCUUGGGUAAUGAGUGCUACAUCUAUAUUGGCAGAGAAACCAGAUCAAGUUAAAAAUAUUUUUCGACACCCUACAGAUUCUAAACAGACCACCAAAGAAUCCUCUGUAGGAGCUUAUCGGGCCCUUAUUAACAGAGAUGGUAUGUGGAAAUCUUAUGUGGUGGAUGAUUUUUUACCUGUUGUUGCUGGUAAACCACGUUUUGCACGCAGUAGAACUGAUCCAUGUGAAUUAUGGGUUUCAAUAUUGGAAAAAGCCUACGCUAAACGUAAUGGAGGUUUUGUUAAUAUUGCUAGUGGUGAUCCCCUUCUUGCCCUUCGGGAUUUAACAGGGUGGCCAACUUCUCGUCUUGAUGCCGCAUUCUCUGAAGCAAAAAGUAAUCCUGACAAGAGUAAUGAAUUUUUUACACGUCUUCUUAUGUUAUGUAAUGCAGGGCAUACCAUUUUGUUUAGUACUUCUGGAGCAAAUGAUGAAAAGACGCGAAUGAACAUGUAUAAGGAAGCUGGUAUAACUAUUGGAUAUGCAUUACCUGUACUUAAUUUGCAGUAUGUAAACGGAUUUGGAUUAUUCCGAUUUCGUAAUCCAUGGAGUAAUGGAGUACAGUGGAAAGGUAACUGGAGUCCAUCAUCCCAUUUAUGGGAGGCAAACCCAGAUGUGGCUGCAGAGUGUACUAAUCGUGAUGGUUCUGAAGAUUCUCUAUGGAUGGAUUGGGCAGAUGUGAAGGAAUAUUUUGUUGGAUGUGGUGUACUUUUUAAUUAUCCUUCAUCUUUUGAUUAUCGAAUACCUGGAAGCUUUACUAGAGUAGUGCCUAAUGUGUGUCUAGAGAUAUCUGUAACCUCUCCAGUGGUACUCGCCUUGAUUCUCUCUCAACCCGAUCAUCGAGGCACAGAUAAGGAGUCAAAAGAAUAUGAUCCCAUUUUAUUAAAUCUGGCCUGCAGUGAAGAUGGUGGUCAUCAAUUUAAUGUUGUGGCCAACACCUCUGCAGAUGCAGAAGUUCCAAGUAGCGAUUAUGUCUUUUUACAUGGUCGUGAUGUAAGCAUGAUUUAUGAAUUUACGCCAGAGCAAUCUCCUUAUUUGGUGGUCCCUCGACGUAUGAACGUUGCGGAGAGUGGAGGGGUGACCUUACCGUUUACAUUGGGUGUACUUUCACCCGUGGCCGUAACCGAAGGUGGACCUGUGAGGGUUUCGUUUAAGUCUCUACCAGAAGAUACGGAUGUUUUUGAAAAUUAUCCUCAAUUCGCAGUUAAAUCGGAACCUGUAGAGGUAACGUACCAAACCAAAGAUAACAAUUCACAUUUGGACUACAAGACAGCAGUUGAAAUCUUGUAG